AUGGCCAACCCCACACGCCCUAUUUGGGGGAGUCAGAAAGUUUGGUUUGAUUUUCUUUACUUUUACGCGCGAGAAAAGGAGAGGAGAAGAGGAACGGAAAAAGAAGGACUUGGUUGUAACUCUACUCCGCAGCGGGACCGUGCUGCUGUCAGCCUGAUGGAGAAGCCGUCUCUGGCUGGCGAGGAGCCGGCCUGGUUGGGCCCGAGCCAGUCCCAGGCUCAGCUCACCACUGCAGAGGACACGGACGGGGGCGAGAACAGCCCUGCAGACCGCCCCGCCUGGGACUCUAAGCUGCAGUACGUCCUGGCUCAAGUGGGGUUCAGUGUGGGCCUCGGCAACGUCUGGAGGUUCCCAUAUCUCUGCCACCAAAACGGAGGAGGGGCCUUCAUGCUGCUGUAUUUUUUCCUUCUGCUGAUCGUGGGGGUACCUCUGUUCUUCAUGGAGCUCGCCGCGGGCCAGAGCAUCCGGCAGGGCAGCAUCGGCGUAUGGAAACACAUCUCCCCAAAACUAGCCGGCAUCGGAUACUCAAGCUGUGUGGUUUGUUUCUAUGUGGCUCUGUAUUACAACGUCAUCAUCGCCUGGAGCUUGUUCUACCUGGGUAAUUCAUUCCAGUAUCCUCUGCCCUGGCACCAGUGUCCCAUCGAUGUCCACACCAAUGAAACGGUUCGAGAAUGUGCCAAAAGUUCCCCCACAUCGUUCUUUUGGUUUCGGAAAGCUCUGAACAUCACCAACUCCAUUGACGAGUCUGGAGAGUUUAACCCCAUCAUGACCGGGUGUUUGCUCGCUGCGUGGGCCAUUGUGUCUCUGGCUAUGAUCAAAGGCAUCAAGUCUUCGGCAAAAGUGAUGUACUUUUCCUCAGUGUUCCCGUAUGUGGUGCUCUUCAUCUUCCUCAUCAGAGGGCUGAUGCUGGACGGAGCCAUGGAGGGAAUCACCUACAUGUUUUAUCCAAAGCUGGAGAUCUGGGGCAGCGUGCAGGUCUGGCGUCAGGCUGCGACUCAAGUCUUCUUUGCGUUGGGCCUCGGAUACGGCUCGGUCAUCGCCUACUCCUCCUAUAACCCCGUCAACAACAACUGCCACCGAGACGCCCUCAUGGUCUCUGGAAUCAACUUCAUGACAUCGGUCCUGGCUUCGCUGGUAGUUUUCGUGGUGCUUGGAUUCCGGGCAAAGACGAUUGCGCAAAACUGUGUGGCGAGUAAUCUCGGGCUGCUCAACAUAAUGGCGACGGAGGGGUCCACGCAGCACUGGUGGCCUUGGUUCAACAUCACAGAUCCCAGAGCGGUCUCCAUAGAAGAUUACAGAGACUGGUUCGGUCACUACAGCAGCCUAGUGGGCCCCAACAUCACCGACUGCAGCCUGGAGGCGGAGAUGAACAAGGGCGUGGAGGGCACCGGCUUGGCCUUCAUUGCCUUUACGGAGGUGAUGGCCAUGUUCCCGGGCAGCCCGUUCUGGUCCACUCUGUUCUUCCUGAUGCUCCUGAACCUGGGCCUCAGCACCAUGUUUGGGACCAUGCAGGGAAUCCUCACCCCCCUCAUGGACAACUUCAGCCUCCUGGGACGCCACCGCACGCUGCUCACAGUGUCCAGCUGCCUUUUGGGCUUCGUGAUCGGACUGCUCUUUACCCAGAGAUCUGGCAACUACUUUGUCACCAUGUUUGACGACUACUCUGCGACUCUUCCGCUGAUCAUUGUGGUGAUCUUUGAAACCAUUAGUGUGUCCUGGGUUUAUGGCACAGACCGUUUUCUGGAUGACAUUGAAGUUAUGCUCAAGUGGCGCCCUCCAGUGGUCUACAAGUACCUUUGGAAAUAUGUCUGUGUGUUUGCAAUGGUGGGUCUUCUGGCUGCAAGUUUCCUGCGUAUGGUUCUCAAAGGGCCCACGUACACAGCCUGGAAUCAAGACACAGCCUCCGAGAAGACCCUGGCCUACCCCGGCUGGAGCCUGGCUAUGAUCGUCUCUCUGAUAGUGUUUGCCAGUCUGCCCGUCCCCAUCGCCUACAUCCACUCAGUGAUACAGAGCCGCAGGAUCCGCAGCAUCAACUCUGAGGAGAGAGACAGCCCAGACAUGCACAGGGAGCGCUACACCAAGUGUAACUCUGUUGAGCAGCUUGACUUCAACCAUCAGGACCACUCUGAAGAGCAGGAGGCCCCCCGGGUGGGGCCCAUAUUCUUACCAGGGGGACAUGAACUGUACCGACUCCUGCCGCAGCAGGAGGACAAUGAGGAGCAGGACACGGGGAGCCUCAGAUCCUGGGAGCCUGGAAGGGACCUGGGACUCGGCAGUGAAGGAGGAGCCGCUGCGCAGCUCGUGGCCGGAGGAGAGAGAGGCAGCGCGGUCAGACACAGCGGAGCGCAGCGGUGGGACCAGGAGCUGCAACCAUCAACCAUGGAGAUCCGCCCGGACAGGUUCAAGGCUGCUGCGGCCAAAACUCUGGGCAAAAUUAACAGAAUAAUUGAGAAGCGGCAGCCCAAUGGCGAGACGAUCGAGCUGUCCGCAGAAGGCCGUCCGGAGCUGGUGGAGGAGAAGGAGCUGCCCGUUGUGGACUGCACCUGCUUCGGUCUUCCGCGCCGCUACAUCAUCGCCAUCCUGUCCGGCCUGGGCUUCUGCAUCUCUUUCGGGAUCAGGUGUAACCUCGGCGUGGCCAUCGUCAGCAUGGUGAACGACCACACGGUGUACAAAGGCAACAAGGAAGUGCUCGUGGCUGCACAGUUCUCGUGGGACCCUGAAACAGUGGGAAUGAUCCACGGCUCCUUCUUCUGGGGCUACAUCGUCACUCAGAUCCCUGGAGGGUUUAUAUGUCGAAGGUUUGCGGCCAACAGAGUGUUUGGAUUUGCGAUCGUCGCCACGUCGGUUCUCAACAUGCUGAUCCCGUCUGCUGCCCGCUGUCAUUACAGCUGUGUGAUCCUGGUCCGGAUCUGUCAGGGGCUGGUGGAGGGCGUGUCCUACCCGGCCUGCCACGGGAUCUGGGCAAAAUGGGCUCCUCCGUUGGAAAGAAGUCGUUUAGCCACAACUGCUUUUUGUGGGUCUUACGCAGGGGCUGUGGUGGCCAUGCCUUUAGCCGGAGUCCUGGUGCAGUACACGGGCUGGCCUUCUGUCUUCUAUGUCUAUGGCAGCUUUGGUAUUUUCUGGUACUUGUUUUGGGUUCUGGUCUCAUACGAGAGUCCUGCAGCUCACCCCACCAUCACCCCCGAGGAACAGAAGUAUAUUGAAGAUGCUAUCGGAGAAUCUGCGACUUUUCUCAACCCUCUGCAUAAAUUCAAAACCCCCUGGAAGCAUUUUUUCACCUCCAUGCCAGUCUAUGCCAUUAUUGUGGCCAACUUCUGCAGGAGCUGGACCUUCUACCUGCUCCUCAUCAGCCAGCCCGCCUACUUUGAGGAAGUCUUUGGGUUCGAGAUCAGCAAGGUGGGAGCGGUGUCCGCGCUGCCCCAUCUGGUCAUGACCAUCAUCGUGCCGCUCGGAGGCCAGCUGGCGGACUACCUGCGGACACACAACCUGAUGACCACCACCAACGUCCGCAAGCUCAUGAACUGUGGAGGCUUCGGGAUGGAAGCCACCCUCCUCCUCGUAGUGGGAUACUCGCACACCAAAGGCAUCGCCAUCUCUUUCCUGGUCCUUGCCGUGGGCUUCAGUGGCUUUGCGAUCUCAGGUUUCAAUGUGAACCACUUGGACAUUGCCCCCCGGUACGCCAGCAUCCUGAUGGGCAUCUCAAACGGGGUGGGCACUCUGUCGGGCAUGGUGUGUCCUCUCAUUGUGGGGGCUAUGACCAAACAUAAGACGAGGGAAGAAUGGCAGGGAGUGUUCCUGAUUGCCUCUCUCGUCCACUACGGAGGAGUGGUUUUCUACGGAUUGUUUGCCUCGGGAGAAAAGCAGCCAUGGGCAGAUAUAGAAGACACCAGUGAAGAAAAGUGUGGUAUAAUCGAUGAGGACGAACUGGCCAAUGAGACAGAAGAGAUGUACCGCGGGGGCGGGCAGUACGGGGCAAUGAGCCAAGUGGUUGGUUCGAACGGAGGAGGCGGAGCUGGCAGCGGCUGGGUGUCGGACUGGGACAAGUCUGAGGAGUAUGUACAACCACGAGGCCAGUGA